AUGGGCCAAUUGUGUGUUGAGAAACGAAAAUAAAAACAAUCGGAAGAUAACAUAAGCGAGCUUAAUCAAUAAACAUAAAAUUAACCAUAAACACAAGAAUCAUAAUUUAAAAAUCCAAAUUAAACAGUUUAAGUUCAAUUGCUUGAUUCUGUGAACACUCAUUAAAAUUAAUCUAUUCAUGAUGUUUAUAAAUUUCUCUCUCCGCCUUUAGGAUUAGGUAAAGUUAUAUUAAUUGCAGGUGCGUUUGCUGAGCUGCGUAAAGGUGUACACAAGGUGUUAGGUACUACAAGAGCAAUAAAAAUCAUAUCCAAAUCAGAGGUCACAAACGAAGAGGUUUCUAGAGUCUUACAUGAAGUAGAAAUACUUAAAUAGUUGGAUCACCCGAAUAUAGUAAAAAUUUUAGAGAUUUAUUAAGAUUCUCAAAAAAUAUUUAUUGUGACUGAGUUAUAUACUGGAGGUGAGUUAUUUGAUGCCAUAGUGGAAUUUCAACAUUUUUCAGAGAAAGAUGCUGCAAAUUUAAUCAAAUAAUUAUUAUUAGGCUUAAAUUAUUGCCAUCAACAUAACAUUGUGCAUAGAGAUAUUAAACCGGAAAAUAUAAUGUUUGAAAGCUAAGAUAAAAGGGGAACGAUUAAAAUUAUUGACUUCGGAUCAUCAAGAAUGUUUGAGCCUCAUAAAAAGAUGAGUUUUAAAAUAGGAACGCCCUAUUAUAUAGCACCCGAAGUCUUACAAAGAAAAUAUAAUGAAAAAUGUGAUAUCUGGUCAUGCGGAGUUAUAGCAUAUAUUUUAUUAUGUGGUAAUCCUCCAUUUGAUGGUGAUACUAGUGAUAUAGUAUUGGAAAAAAUAAAAUAAGGAAAAUAUGAAUUUAAGUCAGAGGAAUGGGACAUUAUUACAGAAGAAGCAAAGGAUUUUAUUUCUAAGUUGAUGGAAAUGGAUCCUAAUAAAAGGUAUACUGCUGAAUAAGCACUUAACCAUCCCUUGGAUUUCUUAAGAAUAGAGUGA